UGUUAUGGUUAUGAUGAUUUUUCUUUAGCCAGCCAUGGCAGAGAGGUGUUAGACACUCCGCCGCUUCCUGAUCCCGCUGGCUCCUCCCCGCUUCCCUCAGCAGCUGAUCCUCAGCUGCAGCCCGCGCCUCCCGGCCCGGCUCUAGCGUGGCGCCGCCGCCGGUUAACUCGCUGCUGGAGCGGCGCGGGGGGACAGACACACUCGCCCCGGCGGGGGGACGGUAACGUUCGCCACUCCGGGGACGGACGGACGCGUUCGCCACUCCAAUGACCUCCUGGGGCAAGGACACAUUCGCCCCUGCGGGAACUUGGAGCGGGUCGGACACGUUCGCCGCUCCGGGAACCUUUUGGGGGAAGGACACGUUCGCCACUCGGAGGACCUGCCGGAGAACGGGUACGCCCGUCACUCGGAGGAGCCGCGGGAGGACGCGUCCCGCCGCCGCUCAGCCGGCUCGGCUGAGUGACCUGUGCCGCCUGCAGCCCCGCGGCCGGCGGGAGGCGGCGGCGGGCGGGCAGGUGCUCCCGCCGAGCGGUGAGUUGGAAGGGAGCGCUCCGGAGCCACGGCCGGCCCGCCUUGAGGCAAUGGGCGGGCAACGCACCGGAGGGAAGAUGAGGGGAAAAACAGCUCAAGUGUGGGGGCGGUUUGAAGUGGGGCUUGUCCUCUGUAAAUGCUGAGUGAUUUCUACAGGAAUUCAAAGCAUUAUGGCUUUAGAAUUUGAAGGGGUUGUUGUUGUUGUUGUUGUUGUUGUUGUUGUUGUUGUUGUUGUUGUGAUUGUUUUCUCUAUGAUAGUUAUUAUGGGUUUCAUAGCUUGCUCUCUUCUGCUCCUUCCCGAGCAACACUGAAAACAGAAGGGUUGCCCCAUCACAAGUGAGUCAGUAGAUCUUUCUGCAGCCCUUGGAAGACUCCUCGAAGUACAGAUGAAUUUUCUUCUCUUACCCUCCACUGUUAACUAAACCCCAAAACGCAGCUGGCUAACCAGGUGGAAGUAACCAGUGUCCUUCACUGUUUAACAAUACCCCAACCUUUACCUUACUGGAAUAUCUUUUCUCUUUCACAGGACCCUGUACUUCUCAGGUAACAUCUGAUGCCAUGUCAGGCAACAGGAGUGUCACUCAAAGGGUGAUGUCCCUGAGGCGCUGCACAGACCCCCAGUCCCACCUUGCAGCUGACUGCAUGCUGCCUGCACACAAAAUGAGCAACUUGAAACUUUUAGGUCUGUAUUUCCUCAUAGCACCAGUACCUAGGGAAGAUACAGUUUUCAGAAGGUGAGAGGAAUUAGCCUGACCAUCCUGGCCAUCUUUGUGUAGCACUGCAUCUGCUGGGAAUUAGGAGCCUUGAAACUUUAAAAUAAGCAGUGGGAAAACUGUCCCUGACAUAAACUGUGAUGUGGCAAGAUGACUGAGUACUCUUAGACUGCUGUCAUAUUCUGGUGACAGCUUUUCCAUAGAAAUAGAAAUUAUUUCAUUAUAAAAAGUCAGUUAAGUGCUUUGGGUUUCUUCUUGGUUAAGAUUAUAGAAAGAACAUCAAAUCCUGCAUAACCAAGCUUUUUAUUUGACAACACAAUAGCCUUAAUUUUAACACAUAACAAAAGUAAAUAAAAAACUUCCUCUUCUAAUUGGGAAUAAAAAAAGAAUGUAAAAAGUUACAUUAACAGUGUUAACAUUAACAAUUAACAAUGCUUCACAAUUGAAGUGAAAACAAAGCAGUUAAUCUCUUCUAAUCUGAACUGUACAUAAGGAUGUUUUCUAGUUACAGUUGUUGAUGGCCAACUACUGCAAUGUAACAUGUCCCGCCACCCUCAAUAUAGAGAGGCAAAGACUGUCCAUCAUGGUCUGUGUUUAUUACCUUAGCUUCAGACAUAGGUAGCCUUCAGACAUUGCUAUAAAAUCAUAUUUUAUAUCUUUGUUGCUUGCAUGCCAUGACAUUCUGCACCAUUACAAUUAUAUCAGAAACUUGCUCACUCAGCAAGAUUUCACUUUUUCCCCUUUCCUAAAGUAUUGUUCAGUUUGGGUAUCUUUGAGUACCUUUGGUUUCUGUACUGAAAUAAAUAUGCAAUGUAAUAAAAUCUCCAGUGCUUUUUCUCCACAUUCUGGAUCCAGUCUCAAGGAAACCUGUGUACUUAAAUGGUUUUGCAUAGAAAUAAAACUAUUUCCUAAGCUCCCAGUUCCAGGAUUUUAAAGAAAGAUUUAACUGAGUUCGUUUUUGUUUUGUUGGGGUUUUUCUGCUUGUUUGUUUUUGUGGUGUUUUUAAAAUCACAUUUGUAAGCAGUCAGAAUUUAAAAGAACAAUAAUAGCAAACUGUCAAUCUCUUCUGCUCAAUGACAUGACCUUAUAGGUUAAAAAACUGUACUGGUAAGCUUUCUUUUCAUACUCUUCCUUCCUUUCUUUGAAUUAAUUUUGAAUAUAACACCUAAGGAAGCUACCUUAGCCUAUACAGGUAAUAUCUUCCUUGGAAAAUGACCGGUGUCUAUGUUAAUAAAGCCAGAGUGCUGUUAUCUCUCCAAAGCACAUACACUGUUGUCCUGAGUCAUACUGAAGUAGCAUCAGUGAAACAUCUUUGUCUCCUUUAACGGGAACAUUCUGCAGCUUGCAAUGGAAUUGAUGUACUGACAGAAGUUAGUCAAACAGAUCAAACUUCAUCAAGUUUCUGUUCUGGGGGACAUGUUAGCAUGGGGGUGCUGUACCGAGACUGGUUGUCACUGACCAAAUUGGAUUGAGCCUGGCCGCACUCAAAAGGCACAGGAAGCCAGAGUCUGUCUGCACACACUGCUUGAGCUGUUGAAUUCUGCAGCAUGUUCACAGUCUCCUCCAUGUCUCAAAAGCAGCAUGAAAUCAAACACAACAAAUGUUUUGCCUGGAAUUUCAACAAGUAGUCAACAGAGUGGAGGAGUCAACUGGAAAGGAAAUGGGAGAUAAUGAACAGGGUGGUGACUUGCUGUAGAUGCCCUUGGAAAUAAAGGCCACGAUGAAAUCCCACAAUGCCGUUUUGAGAGGAUGAGGUGAAGGGGGAGAAAGGGCAAUAAAAAAUGGCCAAGCAAACAGCCGUGACGAUUACUUUGGCGACCCUGCUGGGUGUUGCACUGGGGGGCCUGGUUUUGUGGAAAGCAACCCAGCAUCGGAAAGGAAAAACACGCUGUAGUAGUCAGCAAGUGGAAGCAGCAGGAAAGUCAGGAGAUGAGGAACUCAUUAAGGCAGAGGAUAAGAAGGAGCUUUCCUUCUUCAGAUCUCCCACCUUUUUCUGGAUAGAGAGCACCCUUGGUGCAGACAUAGUGAUAGUUUCAGAGCAGGAGGAGUGGGAUCAUACUGAACCAUUGCUGAAGAAGGAACUGGAGAAGUGGCCGGUUCUUGGAAUUGAUUGUGAGUGGGUAUCUGUGGAGGGAAAAGCAAAUCCUGUAUCCCUGUUGCAGAUGGCUUCUUCCAGUGGCCUCUGCAUUCUUGUUCGGUUGCCCAGGCUUGUUGCCAGUGGCCAGACUCUUCCAAAGACCCUGGUGGACAUCAUGGCAGACAGUGCUGUGUUGAAAGUUGGGGUAGGAUGCUGGGAAGAUGCUUGCAAAUUGCUUAAUGAUUAUGGUCUUCCAGUCAAAGGGAGCAUGGAUCUCCGGUAUUUAGCCAUGAGACAGCGGAAGGAUCUACUUCACAACUGCCUUAGCCUUAAGUCUUUAGCUGAAAAAGUCCUGAACUUCCCACUUGACAAAUCUCCUCAUGUGCGUUGCAGCAACUGGGAAGCAGAAGAACUGACACAAGAUCAGGUUCUCUAUGCUGCUAGGGAUGCCCAGGUCUCAGUGGCUCUGUUCUUCCAUUUGCUGGGAUUUACCAGCCUCCCUGCUACAUCUGAAGGUGAAAACUCUGUCACUGCUUGGGAGAAAGCACGGGUUAAAUGCCAGGGCUUGGUGGAUAUCCCAUUUAGAGGAAGAAAGAGUGGCAGCACAGGAGAGGAGAAGAGUGCAGAGGGACGUUCCCCUCAGAAAACAAAGAAUCGGAAAUCCUGGGUGAACGGCCAGCCCUCUGGCAAUCAGCAAAUGAGAGAUCCACGGAGGCAGAAGCGAAAGCCUCUGGGUGUGGGAUAUUCUGCAAGAAAAUCUCCACUGUAUGACAACUGCUUCCUGCAUGCACCAGAUGGACAGCCCCUGUGCACGUGUGAUCGCAAGAAGGCUCAGUGGUAUUUGGACAAGGGGAUUGGAGAGCUAGUUAGCACAGACCCUUUUGUUGUGAAGCUGCGUUUUGAGCCUUCAGGACGUCCUGAGUCCCAAGUUGAUUAUUAUCUGACAGUCAAAGAAAACCUCUGUGUUGUAUGUGGCAAGCGAGAAUCCUAUAUCCGGAAGAAUGUUGUUCCUCAUGAAUACCGAAGACACUUCCCCAUCCAGAUGAAGGACCACAACUCACAUGAUGUGCUCCUACUCUGCACAUCCUGCCAUGCCAUCUCCAAUUACUAUGACAACAACCUCAAACAGCAGCUGGCCCAGGAGUUUGGGGCUCCCAUCGGCUCCGAGGAAGGUGUGCGUCUCCUGGAGGACCCUCUGCGCAGGAUCUGCAAUGAGAGCUACGUGCCACAUGGACUGAAGGUGGUGCAGUGUUGUGCUAAAGGAGGCCUGCGCUCUCUCAUGCAGCUGGAAAGACGCUGGCGGCAGCAUUUCUUGGACAGCAUGAAGCCCAAACACCUCCCAGAGCAAUGGUCAGUGGACCAUAACCAUGUGAAGUUGAUCCAAAAGUAUGGGGAGGAUCUUCAGAUCAAGCUGUCAUGAAACUUACUUCCUGGACUCUGGAUAGUGUCUAAUGGACAUAUGUAACUGAAGAUGGAAAGACUAUUUUUAUUUCUAUGUCUCCACUAACACCUGGGGCCUGGGUUUUCAAAAAGGCAGCAGUAGAUCUGCCAUGUUUGCCAGUUAAAAUUAAAUUUGGUGGUUUAUAGAGUUAAAUCCAUUGACUUGAACUUUCACGUAGUUUGGAAGUUUAAUCCUAGUCUGUGACUUACUAGUUCAGGGCAAGAGUGAUAUGAUAAGGGAACUUGUCUUCUCAAAGAGACUAUGAAGAAUCAUUUUCUUGCUCUCAGGAUGUCUGAUGCCUCCAGACCAUCUCUCAUAUUACAGUGAGUUCAGAGAAAGGUAACAGAAGCACAAUAGAUGAAUGUUUCUAGAUUUUUCUGACAUACAUUUGUGCCCUUGGCUUUACCCUGAGGCCAGCAGGAGCAGGGAGGUCAUUCUUCCCUUGUACUUGGCACUGGUGAGGCCACACCUGGAGUGCUGUGUCCAGUUCUGGGCCCCUCAAUUUGGGAAGGACAUUGAGACGCUUGAGCACAUCCAGAGGUGGGCAACGAGGCUGGUGAGGGGCUUGGAACACAAGCCCUGUGAAGAAUGACUGACAGAGCUGGGGGUGUUUAGCCUGGAGAAAAGGAGACUCAGAGGUGACCUUAUCACUCUCUACAACUCCCUGAAAGGUGGUUGUAGUAUGGUGGAUGUUGGUCUCUUUCUCCAGGCAGCAACUGACAGAACCAGAGGUCACAGUCGUAAGCUGUGCCAAGGGAAAUGUAGGUUGGUUACUAAGAAAAAGUUUUUUACAGAAAGGGUGUUAAAGUAUUGGAAUAGCUUGCCUGGGGUGGUGGUGGAGUCAGCAUCCCUGGAUAUGUUUAAAAAAAGACUGGAUGUGGCACUCAGUGCCAUGGUCUAGUUGAGGUGUUAGGGCUGGGAUGGACUUGAUGAUCUUGAAGGUCUCUUCAACCUAGGUUUUUGGUAAGGGUCUUCUUGAUAAAAACCUUUCUUUGCUUUCAGUGCAGUUGUAUUCAUAAGAGUUCUUUCUAGGGAAGACCCCCUGCCAGAGAGAGAUUUCUCAUAUGGAAGAAGCAAUGAAACCUUAUUUUUUGCAGAUUCUGAGCUGCCCCAGCAUUGCAGAUAGGCUUCAGCAAGUUUCCUGGUGGCAGGUGCCUGAUGAGAAGUGACACUCUGGCAGUAUGAAAAUACCCAUGUCAAGUCUUUUGUUAAACAGCUUCCAGUAACACACAGUUUAUAAAAAAUGUUUUUCCUAAUUCUGCUUGUUUGUUGUGAGCAGUGUGCUCACGCGUGCAGGGCUGUUACAGAGACUGGGUGGCAUAACUCCUAUGAGUGGAGUGUUGGAAUGGAAGUAUGGAGGCCCUUUAGGAAGAACAGGCCCUGGAGGCAAGGAGGAGGUGUCACCUUCCAUGUCAAUGAUUGGUUGGAGUGCAUGGAGCUCAGCCUAGGGAUGGAUGAGGAGUCCAUCAGGAGCUUACGGGUCAGGAUUAAAGGGAGGGCAGGGACAGGUGACAGAGGGGAUCUGCUACACAUAACCCAGCCAGGAAGACUGAGUGGAUGAAGCCCUCUAUAGAUUCAACCUUGUGUUCACAGGGCCUAGUCCUCAUGGGGGACUUCAGCCACCUCAUAUCUGUUGAAGAGGCAACACAGGGCAUAAGCAAUUCAGGAGGUUCCUGGAAUGCAUUGAUUACUUUUCCAGAAAGCCAGCUGCAUCAUGGGCUGCAUCAAAAGAGGCAUGACCUGCAGGUCAAGGGAGGUGAUUCCCCCCCUCUAUGCUGCUCUUGUGAGACCACCUGGAGUACUGUCCAGUUCUGUGGCUCCCAACGUAAUAGAGAAAGUCCAGAGGAGGACUACAAAGAUUAUCAGACAGCUGGAGCACCUCUCCUAUGACUUUUUACAAGAGUGUGUAGUGAUAGAACAAGGGUUACUGGCUUUAAACUGGAAGAGGCUAGGUUUAAAUUAGGUAUUGGGAAGAAAUUCUUUACUGUGAGGGUGGUGAGGCACUUGAACAGCUUGCCAGAGAAGCUGUGAAUGCCUCAUCCAUGGAAGUGUUCAAAGCCAGGUUGGAUGGAGCUAUGAGCAACCUGGUCUAGUGGAAGGUGUCCCAGUCCAUGGCAGAGAUGUUGGAACUGGAUGUUCUUUAGAGUCCCUUCCAACCCAAAUCAUUCAAUGAUUCUUUGAAUAGCACUUGAUGAGUACCUUUUCAUAUCAGACUGAAAUAAGGACAGGUGUCUUAAAAUGGAUGAGAGGAAACAAUUUAAAUUUAAGACCAGAAGCUUUUAAGAGAUCUAACCACACAUGGCAAAAAAUAGAAAAUCUGAUGUUCUGUACUUGGAUUUGACAUGUGUGGUGGUGAGCAGGUUACUCUCUUCAUGCCUGUUUCUCUGUCUCUAAAAUGGGACUAAUAAUACUUAACUAUCUCACAAGGGUGUUGUGAGGCUUAAUUAAUUCAUGUUUUUGUAAAAUGCUUUGAAAAUAUAAGCUAGUGUGUGCUAAUUAUUGUUUUUUAAGAUGUGCUGCUGUCUUACUUCCUUAAAUAUUCAUGUUUUUUGUCUGGUGCUAGACCUUAGUUAAAGAUAACUUUUUAAAAAUACACACUCCUUUCUGUACAAUCCCUUUUGAUGAUUUUGAUUGCAUGAGAUGAGUGUGCUUCUACUGAAUGAUGAAGCUAUGCUCAACUUUUAUAUGCCUCUGCAAAGAAGUUUCAGUAAAACCCUUAUCUUCACACUGCUGUGUAUAGCACAGUUGACCCACAUUUUUUUUUAACAUUUGGGCAGAAUCCUGGACCUGCUGUGAUUGUGGCUGAAACUGGCCCUUAUCAGAUAAUUCAAGAAAUUUCACAGGCCAGGGGUAAAAACCCUGUUUAUAGCAGAGACUGUUUGAGAUAAGUAGGAACCAUGGAGAGAAAUGGUACAUUAAUGCCAUCCCGGAGGAGCUGCAAUAGCAGUGUGAGGAAUCAAAGAUUCAUGAUAAAUACUAUUUAUCACAGAGCUCCAAAUGAGAUAAAUUCAUUAUAAGGGCAAUUUAAAAAAAAAAAAGAAAUCAUCUAGCCAAAUGCGGUGUGUCUCUGUGCUCAUUCACACAGCUGAUUAUAAUCCCAGCAUGACCUUCCUGCCUACAGCAGCAGUUUGGAUAUAACUUUUUCUCUCCAAAGCAUUUUGAGCAUGUGUUCAGAUACUGCUAUAUCCUGUCUCCAUCUGAUCGGGGUGUUGAGAGCUCUCUGCGUGACUCAGAAACUCCUUUUCUGUCAUCAGGAGUACAAGGUGUCCGUUUCACCUCUUUGUUCUGCUUUGUUUUUCCUCCCUUUGUUCUGAUAUAGGAACUCCUGAUCAAACUCUUUAUUGGAACCGAUUGGCUGACCACAGGCUCAGGUCUUUUCUGUUUGUGAGACAAGAAAGUAAUGUGGAGACAAGAACUGGACUGCAGAUCCUCUAUUUUUGAGGAGCCAGUGGUAUCAUUGAAGAGGGUUUUUCCCAAAUCACUUGUUCAGAAACAGAAACUAGCAAGGAGAACUUCCUUUACAAAUAUUUUCUAAGAUCCUUAUUGUUUGUAAGAUAUCCUUAACUUGCAUGAUUUUAAUUCAAUCUGAAAGAAGAGGGGAAGCAAUAUAUUUAUGAUGAAGAAAUAGAUUGGCUUUAUUUUAUUAUGAUUUUAAAUUUUUUACUAGUCUAUAGAUAAAACUUCUUUGUAUGUCUCCGUUGCUAAUUGUUACAUUCUAUAAAAAUUUACUCUUUUACCAGACUUACCACUUUUGAAGUUCUCUUGUUCCUUUCUUGCAUGCUUGCUUUUUCUCUUCUUUCCUUGUGUCUUACCCAGUCCUUACAGGUCAUUGUUCCUUUCAGUAACACCUGGACCUCACCCUCUGAGUUUCCCUUUCCAGUGCCUUCCCUGAUUUGUGUGGCAGAGCCCAUGCUGGCACCAAUACUGUACUUCUAAGCAAUGGGGUAGUGAGCUUGCUCAGGUAUGUUUGAAUACUGGAUUCAGGUGCUGUCCUUGGCCUGGUCAUUUUGGUCAGUCAUGGCUACAGGUCUGCAUUUCUUCAAAUGAAACCUUAGAUUUUUCUCAGCCUGAGCAUUCAUCUCGGUUGCCCCAAGUAUUUUAUCUUAAGUGGGACAGUGCUGCACUUAACCACACACAUCCAUUUUAUCUGUGCAGGGGGAGAAUUGGCAAAGCUCUCUGUAUGGGCUGGCUUUCACAAUAUGAGGUUUUUCUUUCUGUUGCCUGUCACUUCACAUUUUAAGUUUGUCCAAAGUAUGCUGCCAGAGAUGGGGGAGAAAAUUUUCCCUUUUACCUGGUGCUUGGUGCCACCUGUCUCAAACUGGUUCUUGCAGGUUAGUGGGGAGCACGCCACAUCUGCUGAGAUCUCCAAACCUGUCUUGGCUUAUGAAUUCCCUGCAGAACUUGCUUCCAUCCUUUUUGUUUCAUAUGUUCUUCUGUAAGAAUACGACUGGGUAUGAAUUUCCAGGAGUUGCCUCAGGAGUGGGAGAAGCAAUGCCCUUGAAGCCCUUCCUCCGUGGACUACAAACUGAUUUCUGCCUUUCUAAACACUACAGUUUGUGGUUUUUCUUAAUUUUUUCAGUAGCUUUACAUUAUUGACAUUAUUGCAAGGUGCAGGAUUUACCAGCUGGGCAGCAUUGUCUGUUGGAGGUACAGUAGGUGUUGCACUUUUGAGCAGACCACACAUGACAUGUUAAUUAUGCUGCUGAUGGUCUUGGCAUUUGGAGUGCCUUGGUUUUCCUCCUUUGACAGUCACUAAAGGUCCCAGCUGUCACAUCUGUAACUGACAGGACAGAAGAUAACAUAUCCCUGUGGGCUUGCAUUCCCUGUUUGGCAUUCAGUAAUGGCAGGCAUAGUAAGUUCUCUUCCUGUUGCAUUUCUAUUGCUCUGGCUCCUUAGGGAGUAUCUGAACUCUGCACUGUCUGUAACAUGGUUUUGGUGGGAGUUUUUCCGUGAAGGCAACGUGGUUGCCUUGAGAAGCACCUCACUGCCUUGGCCCCAUGCCUGAAUGUCUUGAAGGAACUAGGUCUUUUUACAUGCAAAGGGAGCCUCUGUAACAAGGACUCACCUGCCUGUCUGCAGUGCUCUGUAUGGAUUUAGAGGCACCUCUAGUUUGAACUAGAAAGUCAAUUCUCUUCACCACUCCUUGAUCUCCUUCUUUUGGGCCCCCACAGUUGUCCAGACCUGUAAGACCUUCUUCAUUCCCACAGGCUGCCAUCCCCUUUGAUGUUCUUUGGGAUAGGGGCCAUAACAAAGAACUUUCUCCCUCUUCUACUUAGUACCAUACCAUUGGUAUAAGGGCUUUUCCUCACCCUGAGGGGUACAUUGUUCUGGAGAAAGGCAGAGGCAGUUUGAGCUAAGUGCAAAGAAGAUAUAUCCAGCUUUCCCUGGGACUUUAAAAAGGAGCCACAGUGAGCUCUCUUGUAUUAGCACUGCAUCAAGUUGGUUUUGUUAAAUGCUUUUACAGGUAAAGAGGGUAAUGCAGGUGAGCCAACAUGGUUAAGCUUAGUAGAAGGAAAAAAAAAACCCAAAGGCCAAAUAAACAUACAUGGAGCAUAAUUUCUUUUAAUCAAAACAUUUUCCUCUAUCACUGUGAAUUCUACCAUGAAGAGCAGGCAGCUCUGGCAAGGAUUUUCUGUGCCAAGAUUAGUGCUGCAUCCUCUCUUGCCACUUAAAUGUAAUGGAACUUGUUCUGUCUUGAAUUAGCCAGUGUGAUGCUACCUGGGGUCUCAGUGGUGUUGGUCACCAGGAAACAAAGCAAAACCAUUUUUCUCUUAUUACUUUCCUUUGCAAGCUAUUGGAUAAGUUCAGCUUUGAGAUGGGGGGGAGUAAGGAGAACAGAACAAAAAAAAAAAGAGGAUGGAGGCUUUUACUGUAAAACAGAGAUGUCAUCUUCAGAUAACAAGAAGCCAUUUCCUUGUACAGGAAAAAUUUCGGCUUCAUCUAUAGAUGACAGGCAAUAUGGCUUCUAUCUUUCUUUUCUUAAAAAAGUGAAAGAUUGUGCAAAAAAGAAGGAAAAAAGGAGAAGGCAUUUAUAUAUCUCGGUACAAAUGUGACAAGCCUGUGGAAAGGGUACUAGGCAGCUGUCAGAAACACAGGCUUAAGAGAAAAACUGCCUGUCCAAACUCCCUUCACAAAAAACCCUGCUGCUCUAAGAAGCUGCUUUGCAUUGUAUCAUGCUCUGUGGGGAUCUGAAAUGUAUCUGUUUCACAGUGAUUAACAGCAAGUCCUUUGCAAUUGUUCUUUGAAAAAUGUCAGACAGUAUUUUGCAUUAGCUGAGAUCUGCCAGUUGCUUUUCCUUUUUCCUCUGUGCCAUGACUCUGUCCAGGACUUCUAGCCGUAAAUAAAAGCAGAGAGACUGUCUGACUGCUGGGGCGUGUGAAAAUAUGAGUGGGACUCCCUUUCAGUGUAUUAUGAAUAAAAAAAUCAUUAUCCCUA